UGAAAGGGAGAGAAAAGGCGUCAGUCGUGGCGCGCGCGAGGGAGCGAGGUGUCCUUUCCGAGCGCGACGACUUGACGGACGCAGAUGGGGAACGACAGCGGCGCAGUUUGAGCGAACCUCAGGAGUGUCCGAGCAAGCCCUACUCGCAGACUGCUUCGUGGUGGAAGAGAUGAGCAACUCUCUCGUCGACAAGAUGCAGGGAACCCCAACGACCGACCUCUCCCCCUCGGUCCUACAGUAUUCAUAUGGAUCAGUGGACUUGGUGCUGAAAAGGAAAACCCUGCCUCCUCCCAGACCAUGCCACACCCACACUGUCGGGAAGCUCCACCCCCAGCCCGCAACCAGGAAGCCGGCCUCACAGAAACCUCAAGUGCCCCCUAAGCCCGCGUACCUGCAGGCUGUGGGGCAGGACCAGCGGUCAGUCCCUCCUGUGCCCCGCCGCCCACUCCCGAUCCCACCGCCCAAGCCCCAAGCGCUCGCUGCGCAGAGCGUGGGCAUCCUCAUCGAGAAGUUUGAGAACGCCAGGGUCCCGAUUCUGGGAGUCCACCCUAGGAAUCCCCUCCGGCCAAAUCGGAGCAUGGAGGCUCGUCCCCAAGAACCAGAAACCGCUGGGCUCGGCGAGCCAGGGGCGAGCGAUCCUGGGAGGUCCUGCUCCACGGAUGAACUGGUGCUCCGUCCCUGUGACGGGUCUGGGAUUACAGAGUUACCUGCGUUGGACCGCUUGAGAAUAAACUGUACGAAGGACAGGGCCAGCCAGGAAAACCUGGACAUACAUUGCCGCAGCAGGGACUCGGCCACCAAUUUUGGUGACACGCACGGCGACCAGAGCGACCCGGACUGCAACCCCAGCAGCGCGGAGCCCGGCGGCCCGGCAGGCGGAGCCUGCGUGGAGCGUGACAGCGGAGCAGCGGAAGCCGGCGGAAAGGCGCCCAACCGUGACAGCGGGAUCGACAGCCCCUCCUGCGGCGGUGACGUGGAGGCCUUCCCCAACGAGGACCCCAUCGAGGAAGAGGAGAAGAACGACAGCAUCGCCACAGAGACGGAGAGCGUGUCCUGCGUGGGCUCGGGCAAUAAGCGGGACUCGACGCAGGAUGAGGACAGUGACCUGGAUGAAGGGAGCAGUGAGGAACCAGAGUGCCUGGAAAGCAAGGGCCUGCAGUCUGAGUCUCAGAAGCUCUUUAACAUUGCUAAAGAACUUCUCCACACAGAGGAAGCAUAUGUUAAAAGACUCAACCUCUUGGACCAGGUGUUCUGUACAAAGCUGACAGAGGCAGGUAUUAAUCAAGAAGUGAUCACAGGUAUUUUCUCAAACAUCUCCUCAAUCUACUGCUUCCAUCACCAGUUCCUGCUGCCAGAACUACAGAUGCGUAUAACACAAGAGUGGAACACAAAUCCACGAAUAGGGGACAUCUUACAGAAAUUGGCUCCAUUUAUGAAGAUGUAUGGAGAGUAUGUGAAAAACUUUGAUCGGGCCAUGGACCUGGUUAACACGUGGACCCAAAGAUCGACCCAGUUCAAAAGUGUGGUGCAGAAUAUCCAGAAGCAGGAUGUGUGCGGUAACUUGACACUGCAGCAUCACAUGCUCGAGCCAGUGCAGCGCAUCCCUCGCUAUGAGCUCCUCCUCAAAGACUACCUGAAGAAGCUUCCCAAUGACGCACUAGACAGGAAGGACACAGAGAAGGCUCUGGAUUUGAUCUCCACAGCAGCUAACCAUUCUAAUGCCGCCAUCAGAAAGAUGGAGAAGAUGCACAAAUUGUUGGAGGUUUAUGAGCGAUUGGAUGGUGAGGAAGACAUUGUUAAUCCAGCCAAUGAACUUAUUAAAGAAGGCCAUAUAAAGAAGAUGUCUGCUAAAAAUGGCACCGCUCAGGACAGAUACCUCUACCUGUUCAAUAACAUGUUGCUGUACUGUGUGCCCAAGCUGAGACUGAUGGGACAGAAGCUUAGCGUACGAGAGAGGAUUGACAUCACAGGCCUGGAGGUUCAGGAGAAUGUUAAACUGAACCUCCCUUUCACUUUCACCAUUACUGGAAAGCAACGCUCUCUCGAACUGCAGGCCAGAACUGCUGAAGAAAAGGAGGAUUGGAUACAGGUGAUCACAGCCACCAUCGAAAAGCAUAAACAGAACAGCGAAACAUUUAACAAAGCCUUCAACAGCUCCUUAUCCCGUGACGAGGAACACACACCGGACUCCCCGGGACUGUGGAAUAAUGUAUUAGUAGAUUCAGACGGUGGUGUACAUGAGCGGAGGAGUUCAAAGAAGAGAGACAAGGAGAAGGAGACCUGUAAGGGCUGUAAUGACUCCUUCCACUUCACCAAGCGAAAGCACCAUUGCAAGAACUGUGGAGCGGCUAUCUGUGGUAAAUGCUCCAAGGUGGCCGAGAGCAAGAACACACGCAUGUGUAGACCGUGUUAUGAGGCCCUGUUAGGACCCGAAGGGCCUCCAGAUGGCACUACUGAGCCAAAGAAAAAAGCAGUUACUGAGAAGCAGCUCUCCGUGAUGCGGGAUAGCUGGGUACUGUGCAGCCAUCUCCUGGUUCAGGAAAAAGGAAAGAGCUGGACCAAGACCUGGGCAGCCAUCACCAAAUCAGAACCACUAGUACUUUACCUACACACCAACAGCCAGGACACACGUGCUGCACGGAUGAUCCCUCUUCCCGGUUAUGAGGUCAGCACAUCGUUAUCACCUUCAGAGAAAUCAGAGGGGAAACAUGUGUUCAAGCUCAGUCACUCCCAGCAUUCACUGCUGUUCAGCGCUCAGGAUUCAGAAUUAAUGGCCAAGUGGGUUGAGCUUCUUUCCCUUGCUACAAAAGGUGAGGUCUCAGACACAUCAGACAACCCGACAGAGCCCCAGAAGAACCAAUGAGGCAAGCUGCCGCAGGACAUUAGAGCCCUCCCCUGCCCCUGGAACCAUGUCUUUUGUACAGAACGUGUUACUUGAAUUCACAUCAUCUUCAGCACUUUUCCUUUUUUAAAAAAAAAACAAAAAAACGUUUUUAGUUCCUCCUUCAUCUCUAUUUUGCCCCUUUCACAAAAUCACAGGAUGCACAUGCGCACACACAGCUUCGCACCAGUACACACACUGUUUGAACACGUCUUCCACUGUUGUGCUGUUGUAAAGCCAUGUCUCGAUGCACUAUUAUUUCCUUUCCGAGAAGACUUGUUCAGAGGGUUUUUUGUUUUUGUUUUUGUUUUUUUUUGUAUUACAGUGGCUGUUGUUGAUUUCUAUGAAAGAUUAUAGGAUGGAUGUUUUUACCAUUUUUUAAGGCUGUUUGUAAAUGACAUGAUUAUUUCAGAAGCAUUAAGUUAUCUUUCAAAUGUAAAAGAAGGAGCUCCAUUUUAAAUAAAGAACGUGGAGGGUUAUGGCUGUUCAGAGCCUGAUCUCCUCCUCCGAAUAGUUUCUCUCCUACAUGGUUUUCCCCCCCCCAUUUGUGCCAACGUACAGCCCAAACCCCUGGUACUGCGGCUAGAGAACCAGUACUGUAGAGUAAGUGCUCCAUUCCCUGGCUUGCACCAUGAAAUGCAACUCAUGGGUCCUUCUGAGAACUCGAUGAACUUGGGUGUCUACGUGUUUGUAACAUUCCCUAUUUACAUGUCAUGCUUUUAAAUAUUCUGCAAGCUAUUUGUCAAGAA